GGAAAGUGAAAGGGUCAAAGGAUCAUACUAUUAACACUAAGUAAAAAUCUGGGAAUGGAUUACUGCGAGGGAUUGAGUGUACCGACUGUAGAGCUAGCUAAUGGGUUGAAAAUCCCAAUACUGGGUCUUGGCACAUCACAUCGGGGAGGUUAUUCCCACUCUUCAAUUGUGUAUGCCAUAAAAGAAUGUGGCAUUCGUCACAUUGACACUGCAAAAAAAUAUGGCUAUGAAUCGUAUCUGAAGAAAGAGAGUGCUGUAAAUCAUGAGAACCUCUGGAUAACAACAAAGCUUUGGCCAGGGGAUUAUGAUGGAGCAACCAAAGCAGCAUGUUUGGAACGCUGCAAAAACCUCGGUGUGGAUUAUAUUGAUCUUUACCUUAUGCACUGGCCUGGUGGAAAUGUCCCGGGAAAAACUAAUCGUGAACUUCGAGCUGAAACGUGGCAAGCAAUUGAAGAAUUGUAUGACGAAGGGAUAUGUCGAUCCAUAGGAGUGAGCAAUUUCCUCAUUUCUCAUUUAGAGCAGCUGAAGGAAGACUGUGACAUCAUCCCACAUGUCAAUCAGGUUGAAUAUCAUCCUUUCCACAAGCCCCAGGAGCUGGUGGACUACUGCAGAAGCCAAGGAAUCGUUUUUGAAGGAUACUGCCCUCUGGCUAGAGGCUUGGCUUUGUCACACCCUAAUAUCAUUGAAAAGGCAGAGAAAUAUCACUGUACACCUGCUCAAAUCUGUAUACGUUGGAGCAUACAAAAUGGAAUUGUGACCAUUCCAAAAUCCACAAAGAAGGAAAGGAUUUGGGAAAACUGCCAGGUAUUCCAUUUUUCCCUUGCGGAGGAUGAUGUUACAGAUCUAAAUGGAAUGCAUGAUGGCCGACAUGUGUCCUGGGAUCCUACAAAUAUCGAAUAAUGAACCGAAGCUGCUCUUCCUCUAUUACAAGUGCAUCCUUUUUUAGGUGUUUGAUUUUUCACUCAGUGAAGAAGAUAUGACAUCCCUAAACUCACUUGAGGAUAACAAAAAGCAGGUUACACUGAAAUUUCCUUUAUGGAAGGAACAUUAAUUUCAUUCAGAACUGAUGACUGCCAAGGUGGAUCCCUCCAGUGAACAUAUUCAAGGAAUGCUCAUAUGACCCUAAUUUUGACUGUAGCCACAGUAUUCACACCGUGAAGAUUCCUAGUAUUGGUUAACCUCUUUGGAUGGAGUGCCACUACAGGAAAACCUGACGUCAGGUACCUUACUCAAAUAGAAGGUGAUUUCUAUUGUUGAACUUAAUAGUACACUAAUCCAUAUUCAUAACACUGGGAAUUGAAGCCCAUUCUAUUUCAGGCAUUCAAUGAUAUAUUCAUUUAUUUCAUUACUCAUUAACUCUAUAAGACAAUUGGUCCAUAAUCAGAUGCAAUCAGAAGACACUGAAUGCAAUUUUCCCAAUAUGUGGGAAAAUACUAUUACAAAAUCAAAGGUGAAAUGCAGAUUCUUUUAAACUUUUAGCCUCAGAUUUUUGAGAGUUGAGUUUAAAAAGAUUUGGUUUUUAUUUGUUAUCUUACUGUACUGUUAAUCCUUCUUUAACUGUUUCUUUGAAUGAUCAGUAUUCCAGAGACUGAACUAUGCACAGAAUGUUUAAAGCCAUUUGAUUUUUUUUCUCAAAAAGAGAUUUGCCUUUCAAAAAAAAACUAAGUGCUUGCAACUGAAAUAGAAUCCUGUAUUAAUUACUUGAAUUGUUAGUGUUUAUAUUUUAAUUAAAAUGUUUAUUUUUUAAAAAUAUCACAGUCACAUCUAUUCUUUGAAGGAAAACCAACCAACUAAUAUGUCAUUAAGAAUUUAAUGAUGGAAAAAAUAGUAAUUGGAGUUUAGCUUGAGUUUUGCUGCUGCUAUCGAAAAUUCAUCAGAAAUCUUCACUACUGCCUUCACAUAAAAGUUAUGUCACUGUAUAAAGAUGAAAACUGACUACUAAUUUGGAAUGUGGAUGUUUUGCACUAAGCUUGAAUUUUACCAAUUCAAUUGCAAAUAGCCGAUUCAAAAAUAGACGGUCCAGCUCAACACCACAGUUUAUGCCAAGCAACAUCUGGAGUGACAAAUUGGCAGCUCCUUCUUUAGCAGAAUAAGCAUGUACUGUUCCUGAUCAUAAUGAAUUGUGAGGAUGAUCUCCACAAAACCCUUACGCUGGAAUUCUGCUUUCAACUGGAGCCUCUGAGGGACAAUAACAGAACAAACACUAGCACACAGUAAAAGAAUUGUAGUCAGAUGAUGGCCAGUUGUGAAUUGGCUAACGUUCUCCAGCAUGUGGUCCAGAAAUUGGAACCCUACUGAUCACUAGUCGAUCAAGUGCUGUUUCCUAAUUGUUCAAACUCUGCAAAUCUAUAAAUCAUGUGACUCUGCAAAUGUUAUACAACAAUUUGUGGAAAAGGAGCAAAAACAAACUACCUCUUUUCACCAGGUUCAUCAGCAUAGAAACAAAAUAAUGAAUUCAUGGUUAUUAGAUGGACUUAUUCAGAGUUUCUUUAUCAUCUAUAAAUGAAUGGAAUGCAUUUUCAUUUGUGAUAAAUAGAAAUAUGUUGGAAAGUAAAGAGGCAUUGAGUUUAUAACAUUCAUUUUCAAAGCCUGAAACUGAAGAAUCUGCAACUAGUGGUUUGAAAUGUCUGUCAGGUGUAUCGGGAUAUUGGUCUGUACUGAUAAAGCCAUACUGCACACACACUCUUUUGUAACUCAGGUUUAGGUAUGAUAAUCAUAGUUAUGGAUACUGAACAGUUUACUUAUGGUGCUGGAAUCCAGUAUUCUGCGUAGUGAAUGAAAAUUUGCUGAUGUGACACCAAUCUUAUUCUGUGGUUCAGUUAUGACAUGACAUUGGGUGUAGCAUAAAGAGCUUCUCACGCCUACUGUACCUGACCUGAUGUGAUUCAUAUUCUGUAAGACUGGCAUUGUUUUGUAUCAAACCAAUACUUUAACUGACAUGCAAAUGUUCAGAAGGGCAGAAAUAAACAUUUCUGUA